AAAAUGAGUUUCUUAUCUCGAUUGACGCGUCAACGGAUUCUACAUGACUGUCAUAAUAAUCUAAUUAGAUCAAAGGGCAUUUUUUCCACCAAACGUCUUAUGUCAGCCGCUGGCCCAGCCUACUAUUGCGACAUUGAGUCCGAGUCUCUUGAAAGGUACCGCCCUGGUGGCUACCACCCUGUCAACAUCGACGACACCUUUCAAUCGGGGAGGUAUCGUGUCCUUCAGAAGCUCGGAUGGGGGGGUUACUCGACCGUGUGGUUGGUCUACGACUCCACACUAUCUCGACUCGCUGCACUGAAAGUUCUCGUCUCAGAGAUCAGCGAGACAGCUAACGAAGUUCGAAUUCUUCAACGACUUAGUUCGAUCCCAGCAAAACAUGAAGGUCAACGCCAUUUGCGCAAGCUUAGUGACUACUUUUCUCACGAUGGCCCCAAUGGCAGACAUCAGUGUCUCGUUUUCGAUGUUGACGGUGUCAGCAUUCCAACGCUUGUCACUCGAUACGGCGGCGAUGUGAGGCUGCCGGGACGUCUAGCCUGGCAGCUUUCAAAACAAGUCACACUUGCACUGGAGUGUCUCCACUCAAAUGGUAUUGCACAUGGUGAUCUCUAUCCCGGCAACAUCUUGGUUUCGCAAAGGGAGGGACAGUUCUCGGACCCAAGCUCAUUGAAAUAUCUUAAACCCCCGGUCCUAGCAGAUAUCAAUGCACGGCUUGGUUGUCAGCUCAGCAAGAGUCUCCCACGGCAUAUCGUGGAACCAAUUACGUUUCCUAUCCCAACGGUCGACGGACAGGUACACGCGAGGCUUAUCGAUUUUGAGCAAGCAUUUCUCCAUACCGAUCAGCCACUGGCGAAAGUCCGUACGCCGUUGAUUUUCAGAGCUCCAGAGACGCUACUUGAUUCGAAAUGGGACCUGCAGAUGGAUAUAUGGUCUCUAGCAUGCACGAUCUUUGAGCUUGUUACGGGACAGCCACCUUUCGACAACUUCAUGCCCGCAAAAGCUCCCUUGGUAUUAGAGUGGAUUGCAAUGUUUGGAGACGUGCCAGAAGAAUGGAGGAAGCAGGCAAAGGUAGUUGUGGGCGACUGUAGCGAUGAUAUAGAUGGAGGUUCACUUUCAAGUUGGCUUAGUGAAACUUAUUUCAGCGCUGAGAGAAAGGUGGAAUUUUCUGAGGAAGAUAUCAAGCGAUUAGGCGAUUUGCUGACCAAAAUGAUGCUUUAUCUACCCGGGGCUCGAUUGUCGGCUCACGACAUCUUGAAGCAUGAGUGGUUCGUAAAGAACCCCUUGGCUGAUGGGGCUGAAGGAUGAUAUUGCCAGGGAAGAAGAUAUUGCAAAGGCAGAUGUACUAGCUCCAUUGAAGGCGACCACGGCAACUACGAACACUGAGCAGUGCAUCUCGAGCAUGGAAGCACAAGCGCGAAUCUUUGAGGUCGUCGGCGAGCAGCCAGCAUUCCCGAAGAGCAUGGUUAUCGGGAGGCUGCAGCAUAGUGCCAAUUUCCAGCGCACUUUUCAAGUUGGAACGAUCAAUGCCUUUGACCUUGCUGUUUUCAGCCAAGUCAUCGCUCAAGCAAAGGUGGGCAGACCCAAUAUAUUGCCUGCAAACUUUCUGGCGGGAAGCAGGCUUUUUCGCUGGUAAGCAGCAACACUCUCU